AUGUCGGCAAAUGAGAGAGCCACGCGAGCUCUGCGGGAGAUCCUGCAAAUCCCUGGAAAUGACACCUGUGCAGACUGCGGCGCGCCAGAUCCCGGGUGGGGCUCCUGCUCUCUGGGCGUGUUCAUCUGCCUGGACUGCUCUGGGAUCCACCGCAACAUCCCCGACAUCAGCAAAGUCAAGUCCCUGAGCCUCUCCCACUGGGAGGACCACGAGGUCCAGUCCAUGGCUAAAAAUGGCAACGAGCUGAUGAGGAGUAAAUAUGAGGCUGCUGUUCCGGUCUACUACUACAAACCAACCCACAAAGACUGCCAGACGUUGAGGGAGCAGUGGAUUAGAGCAAAGUACGAGAGGAAGGAGUUCUCCGAGCCUGGGAAGAACUCCAGAUAUGAGGAAGGAACUAGAGAUGGCAUCUUGAUGAAGAGGGGGCGGGACAACGGGCAGUUCCUCAGCAGGCGAUUCGUCCUCUCGGAGAGGGAGGGGACUCUGAAGUAUUUCACCAAAUAUGACGCUAAGGAGCCCAAAGCAGUCAUCAAGGUGGACACCAUCAACGCCACCUUCCAGCCGGAGAAGAUAGGGAACCCCAACGGUCUGCAGCUCACCUACCUCAAAGACUACAGCACCCGCAACAUCUUCGUCUACCAUGAGAACGGCAAGGAGAUCGUGGACUGGUUCAACACCAUUCGUGCGGUUCAGCUUCACUAUUUAAAGGUGGCCUUUCCCGGGGCUACCGAUACUGAGCUGAUACCCAAACUUACCCGGAACUUUCUGAAGGAAGGAUAUAUGGAGAAGACAGGCCCCAGGCACACAGAAGGCUUCAAGAAACGCUGGUUCACCCUUGAUCAGAGGCGACUCAUGUACUUCAAAGAUCCGCUGGACGCCUUUGCCAAAGGUGAGGCGUUCUUGGGGAACAAGGACCACGGUUACAGCGCCACCCCCGGCCUGCCCGCUGGCACCCACUGCAACGGCGCCUGGCAACACGGUAUCACCAUAAAAACACCCGAGCGCAGCUUCCUGUUUACUUGCGAGUCAGAGAGCGACCAGCAGGAUUGGCUGAAACACUUCAAUGAUGUCAUGCAUGCUGUGAUGUCCCCUCAGGAGUACACAAUGGAAGCCUUGUUCAAGCACAGGCAUUGAUGGACCAGAAGCCUGCGGGACCAUCUCCUCUCAGCCAAUCACUAAUCUGACCCAGGACCCUCGUCCGUUCUGCCACUGAGCAUUACAAUGCACCAAACUCCGACCUUCAUCACUAAUAUACUCAGACAGGAGCUUGUCCCAAGUCCCAAUGUUGCUCUUUGGCAUUUUUUCAUAGAUAUGCAAACAAGAGGACCAAGGCAAUAUUUUUGGGGUAAAUUUAAAACAUUUUCCAGCCAAAAUAAAUAGAAACACAUACAUUUCCAGUAAUAAUCAU